CCUCUACAACAGCACUUCCGGGUUGAAAGAAAGGUGGCGGCGCUUUCGGAGGUAUAUCACUUAGGAAUCAGGGCAAGCCCAAAGAAUUAAGGAAAACUUUCUUGAAGAACUGAUCUUCGCCAGGUGCCGUGGCUCACACCUGUAAUCCCAGCACUUUGGGAGGCUGAGGAGUAAAAUGGAAGGAGAAUCAAGCAGAUUUGAAGUCCACACUCCAGUUUUUGACAAGAAAAAGAAAAAAUAUUCUGUACAUAAGGAAAGACCUCAGAAACAUUCCCACGAAAUUUUCAGAGACUCCUCUCUGGUGAAUGAACAGUCUCAAAUAACUAGGAGGAAAAAGAGGAAAAAAGAUUGCCAGCAUCUCAUUUCUUCUCCUUUGAAAAAGUCCAGAGUCUGUGAUGAGACUGAAAAUGCCACUUCUACACUCAAAAAGAGAAAAAAGAGAAGAUACAGUGCUUUGGAGGUAGACGAGGAAGCAGGUGUUAGAGUUGUCCUUGUGGAUAAAGAAAAUAUAAACAACACACCAGAGUGUUGUAGAGAGGGUGUUGGUGUCGUUUGUGUUGACACGAGCAUGGAACAGAAGUCAGCAAGAGAGCCAAAAACAGACAAACUUCAUGGACUUGCUAAGUCACAUACACGUAAAUCAGAAGCACUGCACGAUAAAGUUAGCGAGAAAAACAAUACAAAGCAUCGGAGGAAAGCUACGUCCUGUGAUGCUCUAAAGGAAAGCCAGCAGGCAAGGGACACCCUGCCUCAGUCAGAAUCCCACCGGGAGGAGUCCUGGCCUUCUAGGGGUCCAGGGGAUAACAUUACAGAACUACCAGCAUCUGCUCAUAAAAGCAAGUCUAAGAGAAAGAAGAAGAAAAAGUCCAAUAACCAAGAAUAUGAGACAUGGGCCAUCCCCAAAGGAUCGCAAGCGGGCAGCGAGGCUGGGAGUAAUGUGUGGGAAUCCCGGCCUACCGUGGGCCUGGGUGGUGAACCUGCAGAACUGCUAGCACCUGCUCACCAAAGAAAGUCUAAGAAAAAAAAGAAGAAAAAGUCCACUCACCAGGAAUUGGAGGCAUUGGACGUGCCUGAAAAAUUGCAAGCGGGCAGCAAGGCUGAGAGUGAUGUGUGGGAAUCCCGGCCUACCAUGGGCCUGGGUGGUGAACCUGCAGAAUUGCUAGCACCUGCUCACAAAAAAAAGUCUAAGAAAAAAAAGAAGAAGAAGUCCACUCACCAGGAAUUGGAGGCAUUGGCCGUGCCUGAAGAAUCGCAAGCGGGCAGUGAGGCUGGGACUGAUCCACAGGAGUACCAGCCUGCUGCAGACCCACAUGGUGAAACUGCAGAAGUGCCAGCACCUGCUUAUAAAAACAAAUCUAAGAAGAAAAAGAAAAAGUACAGUAACCCAGAAUUGAAGGCAUUGGCCACGCCUGAGAGCCUUGAGAGGGCAUACUCUGAAGGAUCACAAGUGGGCAGUGAGGUUGGGACUGUGGAAGGCAGGAGGGCACUGAAAGGGAUCAAAGAAUCCAGCAGUACAAAGAAGAAGUCUAAGAAAAGGAAGCUUAUGUCUGUCAAAGGGGCCGUAGUGUCUGGCGAUGAUUUUCCAGUGACCAGUAAGAAAUCUGCGAGCACGCUCUUUGAUUCAGUAGAAGGCAGUGGCACUAUAAUUGAAGAAAGUAUGAAUCCCAGGCCCCAACCAAAGAAAACCCAGGCCUAUUCAGAAAAGAGGCGUGUGCAAGAGGUGCCAAGGUUAGAACCUGCAAAUGAAGAACACAAUGUGGAAUCAGCUGAAGAUCCCGAAACAAGAUCUUUAUCUGAAGAUUUAGGAGAUGCUGAUGAUUCAGAUGCAGAUUUGGGUUCUGCCGUGAGACAGCUUCAGGAGUUCAUCCCUAACAUCAAGGACAGGGCCACCAGCACGAUCAGGCGGAUGUACCGGGACGACCUGGACCGGUUUAAGGAAUUUAAAGCACAAGGUGUUGCUAUUAAAUUUGGGAAGUUUUCUGUCAAGGAAAAUAAGCAGUUAGAGAAAAAUGUGCAAGACUUUCUAGCCCUGACAGGAAUUGAGAGCGCUGACAAGCUGCUGUACACAGACAGAUACCCAGAGGAAAAAUCUGUGAUCACCAACUUAAAAAGGAGACACUCAUUUAGAUUGCACAUUGGUAGGAACAUUGCCCGGCCCUGGAAACUUAUAUACUAUCGAGCAAAGAAGAUGUUCGAUGUCAACAAUUACAAAGGCAGGUAUAGUGACAGAGAUACCGAGAAGUUAAAGAUGUACCAGUCUCUCCUUGGGAAUGACUGGAAAACGAUUGGCGAGAUGGUGGCCCGCAGUAGCCUCUCCGUGGCCCUGAAGUUCUCCCAGAUCAGCAGUCAAAGAAAUCGUGGUGCUUGGAGUAAGUCAGAAACCCAGAAACUAAUCAAGGCUGUUGAAGAAGUGAUUCUAAAGAAAAUGUCUCCCCAGGAGUUAGAAGACGUGGAUUCCAAACUCCAGGAAGAUCCUGAGAGUUGCCUAUCAAUUGUUCGGGAAAAACUCUACAAAGGCAUAUCUUGGGUAGAAGUAGAAGCUAAAGUGAAGAGCAGAAAUUGGAUGCAGUGUAAAAGUAAGUGGACAGAAAUUCUAACCAAGAGGAUGACCAAUGGUCGGCGCAUAUACUAUGGAGUUAAUGGCCUGCGGGCCAAAGUCAACCUAAUUGAAAGGUUGUAUGAAAUAAACGUGGAAGAUACUAAUGAAAUAGACUGGGAAGAUCUUGCUAGUGCCAUAGGUGAUGUUCCUCCAUCUUACGUCCAAACUAAAUUUUCUAGGCUGAAAGCUAUCUAUGUCCCAUUUUGGCAGAAAAAGACUUUUCCAGAGAUCAUCGACUACCUUUAUGAGACUACUCUACCUUUGCUUAAAGAAAAGUUAGAAAAGAUGAUGGAGAAAAAAGGCACUGAAAUCCAGACUCCUGCAGCACCCAAGCAAGUGUUCCUCUUCCGAGACAUCUUUUAUUAUGAAGACGAUAGUGAAGGAGAGGAUGGUGAAAAAGAAAGUUGAAAGUCAGGAGCAGUGGCUCACACCUGCAGUUCCACCGCUUUGAGAGGCUGAGGCCGGCAGAUCACCUGAGAUCAGGAGUUGGAGACCAGCCAGCCCAACAUGAUGAAACCCUGUUUCCACUAAAAAUACAAAAAUUAGCUGGGUGUGGUGGCCUGCGCCCGUAAUCCCAACUACUUAGGAGGCUGAGGCAGGAGAAUCACUUGAACCUGGGAGGCGGAGGUUGCAGUGAGCAAAGAUCGCACCACUGUACUCCAGCCUGGGAGAUAGAGCAAGACUCUGUCAAAGAAAGAAAAGAGAGAGAGAGAAACUGAGAUUACUAUUUCUUGUCCCUUUUUCUCAGUUGAUUAUAUUUAUAUACAUGUCAGUAAAGCUAUUUUCAGUAUUGAUGUUGAAUAAAGAAUGUACAAUGGCCAGAGGAAAGAGUAUGAAAUGAUCAUUUAUACUCUUUCCUCUGGAGCAUUAAAAUGUAUUACCAUUUAUAUAAAAGUGUAUUUGAAUGAAAAAAGGAAUACAUGAAUUGAUUUAAUAAAUAAUGACAAGUAAUGGUUUUA